UUUCUUCUUUUCCAGGGUUCUGCUGAUUCCUACACAAGUCGUCCAUCGUUAGACUCCGACGUGUCACUGGAGGAGGAUCGUGAGGCUGCCCGCCGCGAGGUGGAGAGGCAGGCUCAGCAACAGCUCGAGAGAGCCAGGCUCAAGCCAGUUGCAUUUGCUGUUAGAACCAAUGUCAGUUACUGUGGUGCAUUGGAUGAAGAAUGCCCAGUCCAAGGAACUGCUAUCAACUUUGAAGCCAAAGAUUUUCUACAUAUCAAAGAGAAAUACAACAAUGACUGGUGGAUCGGGAGGCUAGUGAAAGAAGGGGGAGACAUCGCCUUUAUUCCGAGCCCUCAGAGGCUUGAGGCCAUUCGACUGAAACAAGAGCAGAAAGCAAGGAGGUCUGGUAACACCUCUGGUUUGGGAGACAUUGGAAAUCGGCGUUCGCCUCCCCCAUCUAUAGCCAAACAGAAGCAAAAACAGACAGAGCACAUCGCACCCUAUGAUGUUGUUCCAUCUAUGCGGCCAGUAGUUCUUGUCGGUCCAUCUCUCAAAGGAUAUGAGGUGACAGACAUGAUGCAGAAAGCCCUCUUUGACUUCAUGAAGCACAGAUUUGAUGGCAGGAUCUCUAUUACUCGGGUAACAGCUGACUUGUCUUUAGCCAAGCGCUCAGUACUUAAUAACCCAGGACGGAGAGCCAUCAUUGAACGCUCAAGCACCCGCUCCAGCAUUGCGGAGGUACAAAGUGAAAUUGAGAGGAUAUUUGAACUUGCCAAGACUCUCCAGCUAGUUAUUCUAGAUGCAGAUACAAUCAAUCAUCCUGCUCAACUGUCCAAAACAUCCUUGGCACCCAUCAUCGUCUUUGUCAAAGUUUCUUCUCCUAAGGUGCUGCAGCGAUUAAUAAAAUCCAGGGGGAAAUCACAGGUCAAACACCUCAAUGUCCAGAUGUUGGCUGCUGAGAAAUUGAUACAGUGUCCUCCGGAAAUGUUUGAUGUCAUAUUGGAUGAGAAUCAGUUGGAAGAUGCCUGUGAACACCUUGCAGAAUAUAUGGAGGUGUACUGGAGAGCCACACAUCACCCCUCGCACCAACAGACUAGCCAGAACCUAAUGACACCACCCACUGCCAUCCCCGGUUUACAGAACCAGCAAGUCCUUUCGGAUAGAGCCAGUGAGCACUCUCCCCUAGAACGAGACAGCCUAAUGCAGUCAGAUGAGGCUAGCGAAACCUCUCGUAAAACCUGGACGGCCUCUUCCCAGAGGAGCUCCCACCACAUGGAGGAGGAAUACUCUGAUGCCUACCAGGACCUGUACCAGCCUCACCGGCACCACAACAGUGGACUGCACAAUACCAAUGGCCAUGACUCUCAGGAUCGCCUUUUGGAACGUGACUCUGAGCAGAAUCACAAUGAUAGGAACUGGCAACGCAACCGGCCCUGGCCUAAGGACAGCUAUUGA